AUGAGAUCGUGCGACAGCAGCCCAUGCUUGAAUGGAGGCAGAUGUACAAAUAUCCAGGAGAGUUAUACGUGCAGCUGCCCCGUUAUAUGGACAGGAUCCCGUUGUGAAAACGUCGCGCAUGUAUGUGCACGCGAUCCAUGUGUCAAUUAUGACAGUUGCGAGGAUGGAGCUGACAUGUACACUUGUAACUGUCUUCCUGGUUGGAGCGGGAAAAAUUGCAACAUUCCUGUCGAAUGUGGUCAUCCAAAUAAAGCUGCCAAUGCGUCAGUGUUAUUCACGCAUACGACUCUUGGUGGCGUUGCAACACAUGCAUGUAAUCAAGACUUCAAUAUGACGUCAGGGGAUCACACGAGAACAUUCGUCGCGUCUUGCAAAAGUUCGCCCUGCCAAAAUGGAGGACAAUGCCAAAAUAAAAUAGAAGAUUUUGAAUGUCACUGUCCCGCUGGAUGGGACGGAACGACCUGCGAACAGGAUGUUCAGCCACCGGUCGUUGAAAACUGUGCCGCCAGUUUAAUAGUGAACGCCACUGAAAAGACCAAACUUGUUUCCUGGACCGAGCCAAUGUUUAGUGAUCCUAUGAAUUCUGAGUUGAGAUUUUCCAGCAACUAUGAAAGUCCACAAUCCAUUUUCCCCUGGGGGGACUUUAUCAUAACCUACGCCGCGACGAAAGUAAAGAAUGGGUUCCGUACGGAAUGUACAUUCAAUGUUUCUGUUCGACCAACGCCAUGUGAACCGUUAAACCAGCCUAUGAACGGCGCACUGCUUUGUAAUGGAUGGGGCAGCCAAUAUGGGAUAUUUUGCCUGGUCGGUUGUAGGAGCAAUUUUACAAUUUCACCACCAAACCGUUACGGCCAUUGGCUUAUAUGCGGCGCAUCAGGAAAAUGGUCUAGCAAAGCCCCAGAUUGCUCAAUGGAAAUGGAGGCCGAAAACGACAUACUGCUGUUCCAUCCGUCAUAUAAAGACUUCUCCUUCGAUGAAUGCCAUGCCUCAUUGAAACUAAGACAAACAUUUAUAUCAGAAAUGGCCGUACACUCGGAUCUGUCCCAGUUUUGCAAAAAAUACCCGCCGUGUAACGACGUAAACAAUGUGACUGUUGUUUGCUAG